AGACACAAAUCCAGGUGAGCGUUGCCGUGUUUUCUUUAACUCUUAUUCAUUUGUUGUCUUUCAGUGCACUUAUUUUGUGUUUGACGGGCAGAUUAUUCUUAAAACAAGAGUUCAAAGUUUAGAGCAGAGAGGAACUUCGUGUUGUCAUCAUGGCAUCUUUAUGGGAUGACUUGGAGAGUCUUGUGAAUACUCCAUCCUCUUUCUCAGCAAAAACAGGAGAGAGAGGAACCAUCAAGCCCAAAGCAAACUUUAAUGCAGUAGACGAUGCUGAGGCUCUGAGGAAGGCCAUUGAAGGACUUGGCACCAAAGAGCAGACUCUGAUUGACAUUUUGACCCAUACAAGCAGCGCUCAGAGGCAGCUGAUCUGUGAGGCUUAUCAGAAAGCCACUGGCAGAGCUUUACUGGAGGACCUGAAAGGGGACACCAGCGGUAACUUUGAGGACCUGCUCGCGGCGCUCGUCACCCCUCCUGCAGCGUACGACUGCCAUGAAGUGAUGCGGGCCAUGAAAGGAGCUGGGACAGCAGACAGCAUCUUGAUUGAAAUCUUUGCCUCCAGAUCCAAUGAACAAAUCAAAGCUCUCAAUGACGUCUAUUUGCGAGAAACACAGAAGAAGUUGACCCUUGAACUGAAAAACGAAGUUUCCGGAGACUUUGCCAACGCGCUGCUCCUCCUAGCUGAGGGCAAGAGGGACGUGAGCACCACAGUAGAUACAGAGAAGGCAAAAAAAGACGCCAAGACUCUUUAUGACGCUGGGGAGAAGAAGUGGGGCACCGAUGAAUCAAAAUUUGUUGACAUCCUCUGCCAAAGAAGUAUACCUCAACUGAGACAAACUCUUGUUGAAUACAAGAACAUCAGUGGAAAGACUCUGCAGCAAAGCAUCGAAGGAGAGAUGUCAGGGGAGCUGGAGGAGCUACUGGUGGCUAUCGUGAAAUGUGUGAAGAGCGUCCCGGCCUACUUUGCAGAACGCCUGUACGAGAGCAUGAAGGGUGGAGGAACAGACGAGUCGACUCUGAACCGGAUCAUGGUGAGCCGGUCUGAGAUCGAUCUGCUGGACAUCAGAGCAGAGUUCAAGAAACUCUACAAGUACUCGCUGUACUCUGCCAUCAAGUCAGAUCUGUCGGGCGACCAUGGAGACUGUGUGAAGGCCAUCUGUGGAGGAGACGAUUAACCAACCCCUGCGGGCUACCUGAGGCCAAGAAGAAGUCUGCUUCCUCUUGAACUCACACUGCAGGCGUUCUCUGAUACUUCUACUUUACUUUCAUCUUCAGACUACUAACUGAUAACUUGUUUACAGUCUUAGAGCAAUAGACAGCUUUGAAAGACAGAGUUCAUAUGAAAUCAUGAAAGGACACUGAAAAGUCUGGAGAGACAUGCAGAUCAUAAAAGAUUGAUUUUAAACAUGAAAACAGCCAGUGCAGCAGAGAAAUGUCAACUUAAGUUUUAUUAUAAAAUUCUGUUUCGUUUCAGUCUGAUUGCCGAGGGAAUUAUGAAAAGACUGCUAAAGAUUUGUGGAGGAGAUAAGUCCUAACCUCGACAUGUUAUAGCUCUCGCUAUAUCUUUAUUCCCAUUUCUCUCAUCUUCUAUCAUUUUGUCCCUCUCUCAGCAGUGGUGGAAAGUAACUAAGUACUGUACUUAAGUACAAUGUUAUGCUACUUUAUACUUCACUACAUUUCAGAGUAAUAUUGUACUUCACUACAUUUAUUUAAGAGCUGUAGUUACUUUUCAACUUAAGAUUUUACAUACAAAACAUGUGAUUAGUUUAUAAAACAUGAUCCAUUGCUACAGAUGAAACUGCCAAACAUAUAUGAAGCAGUUAUUAAUUUGUUCCAGCUCAACCAAUAACAACAUUAAAGUACCACUUACAUAUUAACGCAUUAAUAAUAAUGAUCCAAUAUAAUAGUAUAACACCGACAGUAGCAACUCUGCAUUAUGAGUACCAUCCACACGUCUUUAUACAAACAACUAGAGGAAACAACUUCCUAAACUUGCACAUGGGCUCUUGCACGUGAUGAAAGGAAACCCCCACUCAAAAACCUACUACGAAAAAGCAGCUGUUAGCAAAUUUUCCGUGCAUUUGUUGCUUUUGUUGAUAACUCAAUUAAUGCAGAAGGUGUUACAGCAAAAAAUAUGACAGCAAACUUAAACAUGAGCACUACUGUACAGUAGUAGUGCAGCAAGUACACAGUAAAAAGUGACUUCUAUAUUAUAAAAAUGUUAACUUUACCCUUGCUGAAAAUCUAAAGAAAUUGUCCAAUGCUUAAUGUUUGUUCAUUGUGUUGUUAGAUUACUGUAACUGUUUUAAAUUGCAAAAAAAAUAUUUUGAUUCAGUGUAUUUGCCAAUGGAUUAAAAAUAAUUGAUGGAAAUUUUGGUAAUGGGUUUGAGUCUUUUUGAUGACUUUGUGAUCAGGUAACUUGUGAUAGGCGUUUGUCAUUUAUUAACUGAAUGGUUAAAUCCAACUAAUUAAUAAAUACACCAAUAAAAAAAAUAAUCAUUAAAUGAUGA